AUGGAGGUGAUUUCCAUCGUGCCCAACCUGACCGCGCAGCGUCCUGGGGAAAGCAAAAAUCAGGCUGAAAACGUUGUUUUCCUCCACAGCAACAUGCAGGCUUUGGCUGAGGAGAAGCCUCGGCUGGACGCAUGGAGGCAGCCGUCGGGCAAGAUCCUCUCGCUGGACAGGCAAGGGGCCAAGAAAGUGCUGGAGAUCUAUGUCAGGCGCUCGCUGAGCUGCUGCGAAAACUCGCUGGUGGCCAAAAAAAGGCUUCAGGAGAGAGCCGGAGGGCGAGCAAGGAAGUCAGGCGGGCUGCAACGGUCGAAAAGUGACUUCUGCAAGUAUUCGCCUGCCAAACUCAGCCCCAAGAAGGACCAGGAGGAGGGACCCAAAGCACCGGACCUGGACGAUGACAGCAAAGCUCCCGGGGAGGUCCCUAAAGAGGAGCCGGAGCCCAAGAGGAAAAGCACAAAAAACUCUUCCCAGGGCAAAACCCAGCGCACCUGGUUCAAAAGUUUCUUAAAUUUCCUCUUCAAGAAGAGCCCUGAGGACCAGAAGGAAAACGCAGGGCAAAAAGCAAAGGAGAAAGAUGCUAAAGCUCCUCACAGCUCCAAAUCAGACGGGGCUAAAAGACCCGGAGGGGAUUCGAGCACGUCCCUGCCGCCGGGCAGAGCCCCGAAGAGGAGACCCAGCCUCAAGAGGGUUUUCUCCUUCAAGAAGCAUGCGGAGGAGGAGCGGGGAGAGCUGGCAGCCGGGGCGAGGGCCAAGCGACCCAGCUGCCUUCCCCUGUGGCACAUCCAGGCGCCGACCAUGCCAGCGGACGUGGAGCAACCCGAUGGUUACUACGCACAAGUCUCGGAAGAGAUCGGGCUGAUCGUGCAGGGCAGCGAGAGCCAGGGGAGCAGAGCAGGUGGAUGUGGGGAGCCACCACGGCCGGCCAGCACCGAUGGGGUCGAUGAAGCCAUCAGGAGAAUCGUUGCCCUGCUCCAGAAAGCAGGAGAUGAGCUGGACAGGCAGGUGAAGGAAGAUGCACGGCUACGGAUGUUCUUCAGAGACAUGUCCUACAGCUCCUUCAAGAACUUGGCCGAUGCCUACGUCCGCAAGGAAAUGACGGCCAGCAGACCUGACAUCAACCCGCAAGAGAUCCAGUUUGCCUUCGCAGUGCACCUCACCGCCAAGGUGGCGGGCAUCUGCAACCAGGCAGUGAACAGGAUCAUGGGCUUCGGCACCCGCUACCUGGAAGAUUCGUUUGCACCCUUGUCCUACAGCAAAAUUCUCCAGGACAGAGAGAAUUUCAGCAAAGACAACUGUGAGAGCCCGGACUGA